UAGGAGAUUGUUCAAUUUUUAGGUAAACGCGCAGGAGCAAGUUAACCAUUUUUUUUAAAAACUCAAAAGACUAGAACUACACGUCGCUCGCUCCUGUGACGUAUACUACAAACCAUGGUCAAGGAGUAAACCAGGUUAAGUUAAGAGAGAGUACAUUGAAAAUGGAGACAGUGACACUUCCUUCACUGACCGACGACCCUCGAAUGGUCUUGCAAGUGGAAAACAAAAUGAAAAACAUUUUCGUCACGCAGUUACAAGAGCAGAGAGAGGAGGAGGAAGAUGCCAACACCAAUCUUAUUCCUGUAAUCACAGAGUCCAAGAGUAGGAUUUUGGAGACGGGAGUGAACACCCUGCAGCGCACACUUCUCCUGAAGAAACAGGUGGAGCUCAGUGAAGUGGACUGCAGGUUUGCACAGCAACACAAGGAGUUUAGAGUCUGCAUGGAGGCCCUGGAGAACAGGAGGGCGGAGCUGAAACUGAAACAGCAGCAGAACAAAGAGAAGGCAGCAAAGUUUGAGAAGUUUGUUGCAGAGAGUGAGCUGAAGCAGAGGCGAGCUCUGAAGAAGUACCAAGUGGAGAUGAAGUUUAACCAGCUGAAACACAGGGAGCUAACGGCACUCACGGAGGAACUGGAGAUACUCCUGAGAAGGCAGGCUUACCUCAAGCAGCUGAUGGCAAAACACAAGACCUUUGAAGACUACCUCAUGAAGAUGUUGGAUCUCCUCCCAGAGAGUUACUAUGGAAAUGGAUCGAACUCCCCGGUCGUGUCCAUUCUGCGGCGACAUGAGACUCUGGCCAUCACCAAUGAAGAUCUGGUGUCACAGCUGGACACCCUGGUGGCAGCACUGGAUGUGGGGCAGAGGAACCUGGACACCCUUAAACAAGAGCACAACACAGAUAGACUGAUGAUGAAUAAGGAGUUAUCGGAGCUGCAGACGAAGUGGGACAGAGUGUCAGAGAGGGCCAAGCAGCUGGAGAUGAUCACACAGAUGAACCAAGGCCAGUCUCGGGACCAGUCAGAAGAAGUUGGAACCAUCCUGAUAGCUGUGAAGAAUCUGGCGGAUCAGUGCUACCUACCACACUAUGGUCCUUUGGAGGAAAUAGACGUGCUGAAUAUGAUAGAUAUGACUAAGAUGAGCCUAUUCUGGGAUGUUGUGUGGUUCCGGGGCGGCCAUUUUGACUCGUUGCUCUUGAUUGGCCAUCUUCAUCCUGUGGUCUUCCUCUGUGCCAUCUUCAUCCUCUGUGUCCCCCUUUAA